UAGCACUGCAUACUGUUGAUUUCAGUUCAAAUGGAACACCCGGACCGUGGCCGGGUCAGCCAUUUUUAUCACGUGAGCUUACUUUCAGAAUGACCGGAUCCCGGGCCCGGUCCGCCCGGGUGUUCCAUUUGAAGUGAAAUCAACAGUACUAUGUCCGGUUACCGGAGCUCUAGACACUUCCUUUCUUCAUUGAGCCAUUCAGUUGAUGCACUCAGAUCAGAUCUAAAUCAGAAAGAUGAAAUUAUAAAGGAAACAAUGGCAAAAGUUUUGGAAUUAACUAGUGUGACAAAUGCACAAAAGGCAGGGAAAAGUUUUGAUGAUGUGGGAAAGAGGCAACAAAGAAGAAAAAUAAUGGCAAUAAAAGAAGCAACCAAAAAGGCAUUACUCUUUUUGGACAGCUUUAAAAUAGAUGCACAGUCCAUUAUAUUGAAGUCUCAAGUGUCGAAAGAAACCAUGACCAUUCCCCUAUCAUCAUCAUCACACACAAAGAGCAGCAUUAAUACUUCAUCCUGUUCAUCUGAAAAUACAAUCGAUGAAGUGCUAUUUCUCCUAGACAGUUAUGGCAUAUCAGAUGAGUUCUACCACGAACUGUCUAUGAUACAUACCUCUCUUCCACGUUCGUACCUCGUAAAACAAAGACGAAACAAUAUCUCGACCAAUAUACCAAGUUAUCGUCUACCAAAACCAUACUUUGGCUGCUACAGAUCAUUAAAAGAAUCAAUAAUAGAGGAAACAAUUCAGUCCCCA